AUGCACUUCGCCUUGGCUCUUCUUCUUCUCGUUCCAUUUCUGAAUGCAUCCAAAUUUCCAAUGUUCACAAUCAGUGGAACUUUGACUUGUGGUGGUGAGCCUAUUAAAGGAAACAUCAUUAUGGUCGAUGAUAAUUUUGCUUUCACUGAUCAUCUACUAAGCGAACGAAAAGUGAAUGAGGAUGGAAAAUUCAGUCUGCGUGGAGAGCCAAAUGAUGACUGCUUAGAUGUCAAACUGAUUGUGGAGCAUAGAUGUCAUGAUAUGAAAUUUGGAAGAGGAGACAGCAAGAAGUUGAAAGGAUACUCAGAAUUUGAGAUUCAUGUAUCAGAUUUGAUAAAAAGUGAUUAUAAAUUGAACAUGGAUAUCGAGCUGGCUAGAAACAAAGUUCGUAUCUCUUCUCCAGUGAUUCCAGCUUGGAAAGCUUGGUUGUAUGGUAAAAGAAUGAUUUCCGAUACUUUCGAUCGAAUCAAGAAGCUCAAAAUCUGGGGCAAUGUAUAA